AUGGCCCCUAGCGCCAUCUCUCCAGAUGUCGUGACCAGACAUGCGGGCGAAGCCACCGCUCCAUUCAAUGGGCAUGACAAUUGGCAGAGUAGACCCGUGGAGAAUGGGGCAUCGCGAGCUUUCCACUCGACAUCAAGCCUCUACGCUCCCGCUCUGCAUGAAGUUCACGAUCUGGUAGGAGUCGGCUUUGGUCCAGCGUCUCUAGCCAUUGCCGUCGCUCUCAGUGAUGGGCUUGAAGCACAAGAGAGUGUAGGACAUGGCUUCAAUACCCCUAAAGUGCGAUUCCUUGAACGACAGAAUGGCUUCAAAUGGCAUGCGGGUAUGUUGCUGCCCGGAGCAAAAAUGCAGAUUUCGUUUCUCAAAGACCUUGCAACGCUUCGAGACCCUUGCAGCCAUUUUACCUUUUUGAACUAUCUCAAGGAGCAUGGAAGGCUGGUGCAAUUCACGAACCUCGCCACCUUUUUACCUUCGAGAUUGGAGUUUGACGACUAUCUCCAAUGGGCCGCCACACAUUUCAAUGAUGUGGUGGAGUACGGGCAGCAAGUUCAGUCCAUCCACCCCCGCAAGCUGGGCAACAGUGGGAAAUAUGACUGUUUCGAAGUAGUGUCGCGGGAUUUAUCGACUGGGGAAUCGACCACGAUCUUGAGCCGGAAUGUUGUGGUUGCUGUUGGUGGUCAGCCUGCACGGCCAGCUAUAUUUCCAACGUAUCACGAACGCAUACUACACUCAUCUGAGUACAACAUUCGUAUCGAAAGAAUACUCCCGGACAAGGAAAAGGCAUACUCCAUUGCAAUUAUGGGUGGAGGUCAAAGUGGUGCAGAGGUCUUCAAUAACCUGCACGAGCGAUACCCGAAUGCGACAACUCGUCUCAUUUUCCGAGACUCGGCACUUCGACCGAGCGACGACUCACCAUUUGUAAAUGAAGUGUUCAACCCUGAGGCAGUGGACACCUUUUUCGAGCAGCCACAGGAUUUUCGAUCCAAGAAUUUGGCGAAGAACAAAGCCACCAACUAUAGCGUGGUAAGACUCGAGCUGAUUGAGAAGAUAUACGACGAUCUGUAUCUUCAGAGCAUUCACAGCCCAGAUCGACGAGAAUGGCAACACCAGAUUCUACCAUUGAGAGAAAUUAGCGACUUUAGUGAUAAUGGCAAACAACUGACGCUCAAUGUGACGAAUCUGGACCCCUUGAGCGGGAACACGACCGAGACGAUGUCCUUUGAUGCUUUGAUCCUUGCCACUGGCUACCGCCGGGAUGCUCACAACGAGCUCCUCAAAGAUUGCCAAUUGAUCAAUGGCAAUCGCAGCGGUAUUUGGGAACCAGGGCGAGAUUACAGCUUGAACCUGGAUGAUUUAUUGGUUGAGGAUGGCGCUGGGUUGUGGCUGCAAGGGUGCAAUGAGGCGACUCAUGGCCUCUCGGACUCUUUACUUUCAAUCUUGUCCACGCGCAGUGGUGAGUUGGUAGACUCGAUAUUUGGGGCACAAAUCAAGCUCAAUGGACAUUGA